AGUAGUAUUUUAAUAUUUUUAGUUGUAAACGACGAUGUGAGUUUGUGGAAUCCAUAUUCCUUGUGGUUGAAACUAGGUCCACAAUGACCGCUCAAAAAUGUGUUGUGGAGGGCUGCAACCUGGAAUACGAUGUGAUCUGCAGCUUCUCCUUUUACAACGUGAACAUAGCAACGGACGCUGAGGGCAAACGGCAGGAUUGGAUCGAGGGCGCUAUGCACGAGGAGAGUGAGUGUCUUUGGAGACAUGUCAGCCUGCAACUUUGUGGCUAUCAUUUCGAGCUGGACGCCCAGGGUCUAUGGAUCGACUCGCCGAUGCUACCAGAGCUGCUGGCCAGCCAGGAGAAGCCGGCGCCAGUCGUGCAGUCACCCGCUGACAAGCAAGCGGUGGAGGUAAUACGGCUGGACCACAACUACAGCGCGGAGCCCUCGGCUCAGCAGCAGCCUGAAGUCUCGAGGCUCAACGUGAGACAACUCGUUGACACGCUUGGCUACUUGUCAUUGAAGAACCUACAGCGCAAGCAGUUAUGGGUGGUAAAGGUGGAGACCGACAAGGCUGAAGCCUCUAUUACGCAAUCGGAGCAGGUCAUCACGAAGAUGGGUGACCCUAAGCAGAUUAUUGAGAUAAUACCACAGACUUCAACAUCUGAAGAACCAGCGGCAGAGGUACAACCAGAAACGAGUGGACAAGGGGAAACACUCCAAUUAAUGGACGACUCCACAAUCUCAGACAACUUCAUAUAUGAAAUCGCAGAAGAACAAGAAAUCACCAUGGAAGAAGUCAAAGAAAUACCGUCAGAAAAUAAAGAAUGGACGGUUAACAUUAUACCAGAUGAAAGUAAACCUAAAUACGCGUAUAUAAAACAUUGUGCAACAGGCAAAAAGAAGCGGCAUUUCACAGCCGAUAUGAACGAAAUUACCUUGCAGGGUGAUUUUGAAAAUUAUUACAUUCUGCCCGAUGUUGAUCCAUCGGUUGGCGUAGAAAUAACAACAAGUUAUGAACCAGAAAAUUAUAUUGUUGAAGAUUAUCAACACUUAGUACUCGAAGAAAGACCCAAGAAGAGACCUAGGGAGUCUGAUCCCAAUAAACCGAAAAGGAGUAAGAAGAAAAUAACUCCUAUGCGUGACCAGGUGAAACAAAUCCAGAUAAAAAAUGAACUAGGCGAGGAUUGGGUAAUUCAGAACGAUAUUGUCUACGAUCAGGACGGUUCUGAUGAUUUCGAUGACAAAAAGGGCAGGGUAAGACGAAAAAAUAAAAAAUACCUUGGCUACGAUUUUGUUACCUAAGAAACAAGAUUUCUUUUGUAAAAAAAUGUCGGUAUUUGAUUUUGUGUGCAUUCUUUUUUUUUUGUUUCGAACUGUCAAUUUGUCAUUUUUAAAAAUUUAGAACUUUAACCAGGUAUCACUCGAGGUGUGAUAAACAAUGGCCAAGUAGUUUAGGCUAGUCGCCGCUAGAUGUCGUUGAACCGUUUCUUGUGUAUUUCCUGAGACGCGCUAUUAAGUUGUUAUCGAAAUUUAUAUAAAUGUCGAGAGAUUUAGUAUUUUUUGGGUCAUUAUUUGGGACUCUAUACGCGGUUCUUUGGAUUGUGUGUUUAGUACGGCGCGAAGUGGGCUGCGUUUGACCAUUCCGACACCAAAGGAGCAGCGGGCCGUUGCUAAAGGCGCUUCGAUUUGUAUAUCGUUGUAAUUGAAGCUGUAAAGUUUACAGUCAGGAGCACAUCGUGUUUGAUACUUUGGAUUUCCUGUAUUGGCCCUAUACCUGGCGCAAAAAUUAUUGAUAUUUUGACAGUUAUUUUUUAAGAAUAUGAUCAAGUGGGGUAAGAAGAACAUCCUUUGUUUUGAGCUCCAGGAAGAACAGUUAUAGUGUUUUAUGUAUACCUUGUGUUCUCAAGAAUUCACAACUGUCAUGUUUGCUUGUUUCCGCCUUUUGAAUUUGGAGCAUCGUAGCGACAUCUCUUUAAAAUAGUUUAAACUAUACUCCGCUCAACUUUUGACGUAUAUGCAUAGCUUCCGAAGUUCCGUAAUUAUUGACAUACAACCAUAGACAAAAAAUGCAAUACUUCCUGGACUCUUUUAUUUAUUAAUUUUUAGUGACGCGACGAAAUUUAGUGAAGCAGCAGUUUAUCCGAUAUUUAUCGAGCCAACACAUGAUGUAACGAAGACAACUUCAAUAGUUGAUAAAUUUUGGUAUCUGUCUAAUAAAUUAUAAUGAAAUGAAAUAAAUAACGAUCCUAAUCAGACAAUUCUUUUUUGAACCCGCUCACAUUCACGAUUUAAACUU